AUGAAGGUUUUCGAAUCCUCUUGCACUUUUGAUUAUCCCUGGGCCAACGUCUCCGUCGCAAAUUGGAGGAAAUACUGCGCAUGGAACACCCAGAGCACCCAUGUUGUUGCGGUUGAUACACUAUCAAGGAGUGUGGAUCCUUCAACUGGUGUACUCCGGACCGAGCGACUGAUCACAUGCAAACAAAGCGCACCACGAUGGCUGAUGAAGUUCGUUGGCGGAACAGAGGAGUCAUUUGUUCGUGAAGUAUCAGAAGUCGAUCCAUCGAAACGCACAGUAACCCUCCGAUCAACGAACUUAACCGGAUCGAACUUUGUCUCGGUGCAAGAGACUGUGAUCUACUCACCUGAUCCCAUUGCUCCCGAAUCGAAGACUCUUUUCAGGCAAGAUGCUCAGAUAACCGCUUAUGGCGCGUUUUCGAGGCUAUGCGGUGCUAUUGAAGAUUGGUCGGUAGAGAGAUUUGGUCAGAACGCGAUGAAAGGCCGUUUGGGGUUCGAAGCGGUGUUGGAAAUGUCUGCAAAGGCAUUUCGAGAGAUGAGGUCUGAGGAAGCCAAAAUUUAG